UAUCGAGCUCCAAGCGAACAGAAAAAAUCUGUGUUUCUUCUUCUCAAUUUCUCGGAAAGGAAGUAUGGCGACAGUGACGACUACCCCAGCUGUGACGACUCGCAGGCACAGGAUCCCGACUUGUGUGGAGUGUGGCACUCGGCAGAAUCCAUGCCAUGUCAAGGUAAUUGGGCCGACGCUUGGAUUUGUGGCAUUCGCGAUCGCGGCGGCGGUGGAGUGGCCCGUGGGAGCGAUCAUGUAUCCCUUUCGCCGCAUCAAGGGGCGCAGGAUGAUCGGGCAUCCGAUGAGAGUGGUGUAUCCUCGUGUCUCAAACGCUAUUCCCUUUUAAAUCACAGAUCCCAGACUUGAAAGAACGGAGGGAUAGUGAUCCUUCCUUUCACUGUAUAGUUUCCACAAUCAAAGCGAAUCCACUUUUCUUCUUUCUAUCCUAU